AUGCCAGAAAAGGAGUUAAAUUACAUCACAUCGCGUGAAAUUGCCGGUUCUGAAGAUAAAGAAGGUGGAGUUUAUAUCGAUGCCUUUGACGCUCAAGAUUCCAAACCACCUUUGAAAGGUUGGGCCAAGUUCAAAGAUGGGUUUAAAAGAGCCGACACUGACGCCAUGGGUAUUGACCCCAACUUGUCGGAAGCUGAGAAAAUCGCCGUUUUGACGGCAAAUUCCCCCUUGAGUAAAUCGCUUAAAAACAGGCAUUUACAAAUGAUUGCUAUUGGUGGUAGUAUAGGUACUGGUUUAUUCGUUGGUUCGGGAAGUUCGUUACAUACUGGUGGCCCAGCUGGGUUGAUCAUUGCUUAUAUUCUUAUUGGUACUAUGAUUUACUGUACGGUUCAAUCGUUGGGUGAAUUGGCAGUUACUUUCCCUGUUGCUGGUGCUUUUGUUACUUAUAAUACGAGAUUUAUUGAUCCUUCUUGGGGUUUUGCUAUGGCUUGGAAUUAUGCUAUGCAAUGGUUGGUGGUGUUGCCAUUGGAAUUGGUGGCGGCAGCAGUAACGAUUAAAUUUUGGGAUACAACAACAAAUUCAGCGGCGUUUGUCGUGAUUUUCUAUGUGCUUAUCAUUGCUAUUAAUUUCUUUGGUGUUCGUGGAUAUGGUGAAGCUGAAUUUAUAUUUAGUGCCGUUAAAGUCACUGCUGUUGUUGGAUUUAUUAUCUUGGGUAUUGUCUUGGCUGCUGGUGGAUCUCCAAAUGGACGUGGUUACAUUGGUGGUAAGUACUGGCAACAUCCUGGUGCUUUUGCCAAUGGAGUUAAAGGUGUCAUUACUGUUUUCGUUGGUGCUGCUUUCGCUUUUGCCGGUACUGAAUUGGUUGGGUUAGCAUCAGCUGAAUCCAGUAACCCAAGAAAAUCAUUGCCAAAAGCUUGUAAACAAGUGUUUUGGAGAAUCACCUUGUUUUAUGUCAUUUGUUUGACUUUGGUUGGUAUUUUGGUUCCUUAUGACAACACUGACUUAUUUGAUGCUGAAAAUACUGCUUCUGCUUCGCCAUUUGUUAUUGCCAUCAAGUUGGGUGGUAUUAGUGGAUUACCAUCUGUUAUGAAUGUUGUUAUCAUGAUUGCUGUGUUGUCAGUUGGUAACUCAUCCGUCUUUGGCUCAUCGAGAACAUUGGCUGCUUUGGCUGCUUCUAAUCAAGCACCAAAGAUCUUUGGCUACAUUGACAGACAAGGUAGACCAUUGGUUGGUAUCAUUGUUCAAUUGGCCAUUGGUGCAUUAUGUUUCCUUGCUGCUUCACCAAAACAAAAUCUUGUGUUUAACUGGUUAUUGGCCUUGUCAGGAUUAUCAUCCAUCUUCACUUGGGGUUCAAUCAACUUGUGUCACAUUAGAUUCAGAGCCGCUUUAAGAUCACAAGGUAGAGAUACAGGUGAAAUUCCAUUUGUGUCUCAACCAGGUUUGAUUGGAGCCUACUGGGGUAUGCUUCUAAACUUGGUGGUUUUGUGCUUACAAUUCUGGAUUGCUGUGUGGCCUUUGGGAACGAAACCAAAUGCCGAGGAUUUCUUUAUGAAUUUCUUGACUGUGCCUGUUGUUCUUGUAUUUUACUGCGGUCAUAAACUUUAUACCAGAAAUUGGAAAUUGUACUACAGAGCCGAUGAAAUUGAUAUCGAUACUGGUAGAACUGAUUUGGAUUUGGAUUUACUUAAACAAGAAAUUGCUGAAGAAAGAGCAAUUUUGAAAGCUAAGCCAUUUUACAAGAGAAUCUACCAUUUCUGGUGUUAA